AUGGCCGUCAAGCUGGCCCUGCGACUGGUAGCAAACUGCAACGACAACCUGCUUUCGCCUACGUCGGCUCGCAUGGCUGUCCGCAUGGUCUGGAUACUACAGAAGCCUUGGGAUGAUGAAAUCUUGCCUAUGCCGUGUCUCACAGUCCAGUCCAUGAGGAAACAAGUCCGUGAGAAGGGAAUCACGCCGCCAUCAGAAUGGUCUCACCACACUUCCUGCCCCGGUGUCCCCCCCCUCGACCAUGACCUCGCCCAAAAGCCCAGCUCACCUUGGGUCCUGGAGACGCUGCCGAUUGGCCCGACCCUGUCUACACCUCCCUCUUGGUCGGGCGCCUGUGCAGCGGUAGCGCGGAGUGACCAGGGGAGACAUGUGCACCGUCUGGGAGGCCCAGAAAGCCAGCGCUUGACAGCGACCCUAUCGCUUCCCCGUGCGGGCCUGGAGGAUGGGAGGGGGAGGGCCUGUUCGGCGAUUAAGGUCGCGACAUGUGGUGUGCUCAAGACCCUAUCAAAGGGAGGACGGGGCUGGGGCAGACGAGGAGACGAAGAGAGUGGCUGGGAGGGACACGGCAGAGACGGGAAGACGGUGACGGUGACGACGGAUGGCCGGAUGACAAUGGAAGUUGACGAUCCCGACAGUUUGCAAGGAUCGUCUUGUUGUGAGCUCCCAUCGAGUCAAUGUGUGUUCCACGAUAAGGCGGAAGAGUCUCGAUAUUUCUACAGUGCAGCUCGUGACUUGACGAAUAACUUGGACUUCGAGGCCACCGCCUCUCCUGUAUUCGUCUUGAUCCCGCCACGGCUGCAUCAGCAAUGUGGCAAAAAGACCAAGACAAGAAAGAACUCCUUCAGGCCAAUCUAUGUACCUAUAAUGCCUCAGUCUUUCUCCGAGGGGAUCGUCUUACGAUGCCUGCCGCCGAGCUACUGUGCAGUCGAUCGUGAACAUCCAUCAUCCAUGUUCAUAAGCGGGAAAGAUAAUGCCUCUUUCGUGUUCUGGGAGUCUGGCGUAAGACGGUGCUCGUCCCUGAUAACUGAGCCGAGUUCACCGGUGAUGGGCUGA